AUGGAAAGAUUGGUGGACGAGUUGGGUGAACCGUGGACAGCUGUUUUCCCCAAUUCACCCUAUCCAAAUAUCGGGAUUUUGACGAAACAAAAGGUUAUCCCAACAUCCGUCGAAAACACGACAGCUGGUGUGCAUGCGCGCAUUCAAUUCCCUCAAGGAUUUUACAUCAAUUUUUGGGCUUUUCAUGGAUGGCAUAAAUCCUACGGCCCACAUGCGGCUUUUAAUCGCUUAGUGACGAAUCUCUCGCAAAUUAUCGCUGGUGAAUUUGCGCCAAAGGAGAAAGGGACAGGACGAGCUCAAAACGUUCGCGAGGUCUUGCAAAGUGAAUCAAUGAAAAGAGAUUUGAAAGAUUUGGAUGAAAUGCCGAUGUUUAUUCUCGGUGAUUUCAACUCGCCCAGUCAUCAAGAUUGGAUUCAAGAAACAAAAAAUCUCCAUUCGGAUUGGGUUGUCCCUUGGCCAUCCACCAAGCAAUUGACUGAUGAGGGUUUUAUUGAUUCAUAUCGAGAACUUUAUCCUGAUCCUGUUAAGCAACCAGGUUACACAUGGUCUCCAGUCGCAAAAACGAAUUACGAAUGGGAUUUCGUCUUUCCCGAUCCACAAGAUCGAAUCGAUUUUGUGUUUUAUAAGGGAAAAGUGAAACCUGAAAAAAUCGAAUUGUACGCGGGAAAAGAAACACUGAAGAUGAUGCCCGAUCAUUUCUACAAUGAUUAUCCAUCAGAUCAUUAUGCUGUCAUUGCCGAUUUUGUGUUUAGGGAAAGUGAAUCGGAAAAGAAAGAA